AUACCCGCCCAUUACCCAGCUGUUAUCAAUGAAAGAAGCGAAACGCUCAUUUUAGGCUAGGUUUAUUCAAGCUGACAAGAAACUCAAACAAAUAAAGAAAAGUACACUUAAGGUUAGAGUGGGCCUUAUUUUCUUUGAUCAGUGUUUGAAAGAGUCAAUCAAACAGUUGACUGACUUUUAAGGACCGUUUUAUUUUGGUUUAUUUUCCAAUUUUUCAUAAUAGGCCAAUAUAGCUUGCUUUAUAUUUUGCAGGUUUAUUCUAUAUUUCCGUCAUGAUUUCAAACAAUGAGCCGUGGGAAAUAACAGGCAACGAACUGCUUCCAAUUCUCAGAAGUUCGGAGCAGUUUUCUUCUGAGGGCUGCAUGGUGCUUGACUGCAGACCGUUCCUUGCCUUCUCCAAAGCGCACAUACGACAGUCCAGUAAUGUCCACUGGAACUCGCUGCUGCGCCGGCGGUCCAAGAGCUCCGUUGUCUGCCUGGAGUGGUUGAUAGCGGACAAGACGCUUGCCGGAAAGUUACGCCGCGGGGAAUUCUCGCCGGUAGUGGUGGUAGAUGACAACAGCCACCUCAUGGCACAACUGAAGCACGAAAGCCUAGCCAACAUGUUGCUGAGUGCACUAAGAGCAGAGGUCCCGAGAAGCUCUGUGCAGAUAUGUUUCCUAAAAGGUGGAUUUGCGACUUUCGCUGAGGCUUAUCCCGAGCUGUGUUCCACCUCCCCUGGAAGCGGGCCCCCCGCAGCGGAUUCAGAACCCACGGCGCCAGAGCGGAAGACUCCCUCGUAUGAUCAGGAGGGUCCGGUGGAGCUGCUGCCCUUCCUGUUUUUGGGCAGCGCCCUGCACUCAUCUCGCAGGGAGGCGCUGGCGGCGGCGGGCAUCACGGCCGUGCUGAACGUGUCGUCCACCUGCCCCAGCCUGUACGAGGGGGAGCUGCGGUACCUGCGGCUCAACGUGGAGGACAGCCUGCUCACAGACAUCCGGGCCUGCUUCUCACAGGCCAUCGCCUUCAUAGACUCUGUGAAGGAGCAGGGAGGCCGUGUGCUGGUGCAUUGCCAGGCGGGAAUCUCCCGCUCCGCCACCAUCUGUCUGGCCUACCUCAUGCACGCCCGCCAAGUGCGCCUGCAGGAGGCCUACGACUUUGUGCAGCAGCGGCGGCGCGUCAUCUCUCCAAACCUGGCCUUCAUGGGCCAGCUGCUGCAGUUUGAGACCGACGUCCUCUGUCGUGGCUGAGGCGAUGGGGGGGCGGGGUGUCUGUGUGUGUCCUGUUGGGUUGUACAGAAAUGGUUGAUUUCCAUGCCUGCUUUGUUUUCCCUAAGGGGCUCACGCAGUUGGAAAAGCCGCUUAUGUGGAUGUUGCCACAUAGUAGGUGGACGUGGGGGCCUACUUUUCUCAAGGCCUGUAGCAACCAUUAGAUGACGGAGAACUGCUGAUGAUGUUGGCCUAUUGCAGUGUGAACCGCAUUGAAGUCAUGGGACUCUGAGCCAGAGGGGAAAUUAUGUUAUUUCUAUAGAAAUUGAGCUCUCUCUCGCUCUCUCUCGCUCUC